ACCGCGAAUAGAAAAUAGAUUUUUAGAAAAUAGACUUUCCAUGUGAAUGGUCCCAAAGCUUCACCCAUUACUUUUGAUAGGACUCUUAAUAAAGGAUAAGAACUAAAGGUGUGAUUUUUUCUGUGAUUAGCACCUUUGCUAAAAUGGGUCAUGUAUAAUUAUUGGUCAAGAUAGUAAUAACUUUUUUCUUCAUCCUGUUUUUGUGAUAUCUUGUGUCCUUCUGGACCAGUUUUAACCCAAAGGGCUUGGCUUGGUUAAAGUAUCUGGAAGUUUGCCACACACUUUGCAAAUAAAAUGUCAUGGUUGUUGACUACCUGUAUUAAUAAGGUCUAAAAUUGUGAUUUUGUGAUGCUUGAUCUAUUUUUAGCUCAAUCACAGUGAGGUGGACUAUUUGAGUUGUUGAUUGUCCUAAGUACAGUGUCAGAUAUGAGAUAGGAGGAUUACAAUAUAUCUGCCUUUUCUAAAUAUCUCUUAUCUUCCACUGAAGUUUUCCUUCUUUCAGUACAAAAGUAUAUAAGCAGUAUCAAAAGCAACAUAAAUAAAAAGUUCUACUGGCAUAUUCAUACGAAAUAUUUUGUCACUAGGAUUAAAGCUGUGUUUAUUCAAUUUAGUACUAGUAGCUUUUUAUUUCCAUGCUUAAAAGAAAGUUUCAUUAAAACUUCAUUUGUUAAACCUUAGUAAUUUUAGAAUAACAUUGAAUGAUUAUCACAUUUAUGAUGGAUGUUGAGCCAUAAAUUGGCUUCCCACUUUGUAGAAACAGGAUAUUUUUACGGUGAUUUACACUCAAAUCCCAUAAUUGAUGACAAUCUAUUGUGACGUCAGUGAGUGUGAUCAACCCACCUUGAGCCAAAGCUGAUGAAAUACCAGUAAAUCUAAGAAGGUUAUUGUUAUCCUUUGUUAAGAAAAUUAAAGCCAUUGCAGUGGGAUUGCGUAGUUCAGAGAAGUGCGUCAUGUCUAUUUGGGUGCCCUAUUUGUUGGCCAGCUUUUUUUGUUUACAUCACGUGAUAUUUUGCUGAACUUUGCAGCUGAUUGGUUGACACCAGAUGUGGAAUGCAUGCAAGUGCAGUGACCUCGUUGGACUAUUGUAUGCUAUUAAGUGUGAGAAAAGGUUAAAAAACUAGUUUGUUGAACCUCAAUCGGAAUCUAAAAAUCUUUUGAUGAUAAACAGUCCUUGUGUAUUUUAUGGGAAAAUAUAUAUAACCUAAGUGAUAUUGGAUUGAACUGAAUUGUGCCAGAUCUCUCACCUGACCUAUGUGAAAGUUGGAUGAUUUCCAGGUUGGAUCUGCAUGGCUAGAUAGCGCUCUGCAGUAUAGAGUGUGCAUGCUGGUGGCAUGCUUUUUGCCUGUCAUGUGGGUUAAUUCAAUAAGGAUCUCUCCAUUCAAACUGAUUGAUUAAAUGUUUGCUUUCAAGUAAAUCUACAGUGCUAUAGAUCAGUAUGUUAUAUGGAGGUCAUGCAAUAGACAUUAUCACCUAACAGAAUGGGACAAAGAAAGUAACCAGUGUCUGAUGAAUAAUGAAGAAACCACACAUCAUGUUUAUCUUGUCAUGGAGUACUGCAAUGGAGGAGAUCUGGCAGAUUACCUUCAAGCCAAAGGCACUCUUAGUGAGGACACCAUAUCAGGAUUCUUGCGUCAGAUUGCAGGUGCUAUGAGAGCUCUCAAUGGCAAGGGUAUUGUCCAUAGAGAUUUAAAGCCCCAAAAUAUCCUACUGACACACUCAGGACAGUCUCCAAACCCACAGCCAUCUGAUCUUCAACUUAAGAUAGCUGAUUUUGGUUUUGCUCGCUUUCUCAAUGAUGGUGUAAUGGCUGCUACUCUUUGUGGAUCACCAAUGUACAUGGCUCCAGAAGUGAUCAUGUCUGUACAGUAUGAUGCUAAGGCAGACCUAUGGAGUAUUGGGACCAUUGUAUUCCAGUGCCUGACUGGCAAGGCACCCUUCCAGGCACAGACACCACAACAACUGAAAGCUUUCUAUGAAAAGAAUGCAAACUUGGCCCCAAAUAUUCCAUCAGGGACAUCAAAAGAGCUGAGAGAUCUGCUGAUGAAAUUGUUGAAAAGAAAUGCCAAGGACAGAAUAGAUUUUGAUGAAUUCUUUAGUCAUCCAUUUGUAUGCCCUGCUAAAGCAUCAUCACCAGUCCCAGUCCCACAGCAGAGAGCUAGGCAUCCUUCCGACUCACCAACCCUGAAGACUGUGUCAUCUUCCCCUCUCUCAGGGAAUGUGCCUUACUCUCCGGUAAACACAGAUGUGCAGAGGGUCCAGAAACAGGAAGAUGUGAGCGAAUCACCACAAGAAGGAGCAGACUUUGUUAAGGUGGAUUCAAAGUCAGGGAGCCCAGCUGAAGACUUUGUCCUUGUCCCUAACAACUUAGGUGGGGAAUCAGAAGGCAGUGCUAGUUCUGGUAGAAGUAAAGAAUCCCCAAAACAUGGAAGAAAAGAUAGCAGCCAACCAUCAGCUCAGAGGGUGGUCAGGGUGGAUACAACAACGGAGGCUGCAUCCUUCAGGAAAGGCAAUGCUGGAUCCCCAAGUCCACAAGACCAGACCAGCCCCACUCGGCCCACUUCCCUUCCUGUCAUCAAGCAGACCUCUCCUCCCAGUCAGCCCAUACCAGUGCCAACCCAAGUUGAAGCAUAUCAGAGAAUUCAGAAGAAUUCUCCUUCAAGCCCCAAGGAACCCAGAACCAAGGAGGCUGGUACCCAUGUAAUGUCACCACAGAGAGAACUAGCAUCGCAGGCAGUUCCGAUUCCAAGAAUUGCUUCAGAUAGAAUGGUGUCUGUUGGCUCCUUUCCUGAUAUUAGAUCAGUAUCACCGCCAUCAGUCCAAUUCCACAUUGGAACUCCACCAUCAAAGAACAUAAGAAGAAACAGCAUUGAAGUUUCUCCCGGAAGACCCAACACUGCCACACCUCCAAAUGGUUCACCUUUGAGAAAAUCAGGUGCUCAAAGUAACAGUUCACCAUUCAGUGGGCCAGCUUCUCUCCCUAAGCCAUCUGUAAUGAGUGUAGCUCAGAGAUUCACUGUCACUAAUUAUCCUGCAGGGGGGCGUGAUGUGGUGGCACUAGCCAGAACUAGAACAGUACCAGAGGGAGUACAGGCCAUGACCACUGUGGCAGGGGCAGCUUAUGAUCCAUAUGCUACUUGGCCAAGACGUUUGGACACUACUGGGUUGGCACCUUCCCAGACAGAACCAUCUAAUUUGCAGAGAACCACAAGUGGAGGCCAUCUAGCACCUACCAGGAUUGGGGAGCAGUUGAUGAAAGCAGCCUUUGGACAGACCACUAGAGGUUUGUCAAAUCAGAUCCCAUCUGCAAAUUCAGUUGUGCCAUAUAGGGAGAGAAACCAGUCAGAGUCAGGCCAGCGAGAACGGAGGGAUAGUUUCCAAAAAAGAGACUCCUUUACAAGGGAGAGACAGGAUUCUACAGGAAGAGAGAGGUCUGGGUCAUCACCACCAAACUCCCUGCCCUAUGCUCAGUCCCCACCUAAUAUGGAGGGACCCAUCCUGUUUGAGGCACCAGAGUUGGCAGAAGAAACUCUUAUGGAUAGUGAGCAUAAUGAAACUGUUGCUAAGCUGACAUUUGUAUUGGCUCUGGUGGAGACCAUUAUUGAGCUGGCUCAGAAGAGAAGCACACCACUGACUCAGUCUAUUAGCCCACAGGGAAGGAGAGAUGGAGGCUCUGAGCAGGUCAAGUUUCUCAGUGAAAGUCAAAGGCGCAUGGAACAACUUGUGCUACAUGUGAAGGCAUUGCAACUCCUGUCUGCUUCUCUUCAACUUGCUAAAGAGGAAAUCAAGGCUGGGAAGCUCAUGCCCUCAAACACAGUGAAAAACAUCCUUAAGGAAAUGAACAACCAUUACCAUAGGUGCAUGGGAAUUUCCAAGCAGUUAAAAAGCUGUAAUAUCAAUGAUAAUGAGUUAAAAUCCUUCUCUACUACUGCAGACAAGCUCAUCUACAAUUAUGCAAUAGAAAUGUGUCAGACUGCAGCUCUGGAUGAACUGUUUGGAAACCCACAAGAGUGUUUCAGGAUGUACAAGAAUGCUCAGAUCUUGCUACAUGCCUUGGCACAUCAGGCACAACACAACAAAGACAAAGACAUGCUGAAUAAAUAUAAAGAGGCUGUAGAGAAGAGACUUUUUAGUUUGCAAAGUCAAGGAUUAAACUACUUCCAGUAUGAGAACUAAUAGUUGCCAAAAAUUCACAUCAUGGGUAUGGAAAGAUGGUUACAAAAUGGAAAUCAUUUUGAGAAACCAUUGGGUUAGUUGAAACAACACCACGCCAUGCACUGGACAUGCCCAUGCGAAGAAGUGAUGUUUUUCGAAGUUGGGCAUAAUGUGCUAUCAGAUAUUGUUGGUGGGUUUCAGUGUAUUUUAACUGGUAACUAGUAACUAGUUUGAGAUAUCUUGUUACAGUAGCUGCUGAUAGAUAUAUUGUAGUACACAAGUAAUAUGUACCUUGUUGCAUUUACAAGUGAGAUAUAUCUUAAUAACAUUAGUAGUUUAUUUUUCUUGUUACUUGAAUGAUGCCGAGUUAAAUAAUCUUGUAUAAGACAAUGAUUCAGUACAUCACAUUGUCACACAAACAACUAAUGUACAUGGUGCAAGACCUAGAUAUCAUGGUGUUGUAGUAACUAGUGAUCAAUAUCAUUAGAAAAUAUCUUGAUAAAAGUGUUAUCAGGUUACUAUUUAAGAUUACAGUAUUGUAUAUGAAGUGCUGGAUAUUGAAGUGACUGUGGGAAGAACUUGGCAUUGACUUAGUUCUGCAGUGUAUAAUAAGAGUUUUAACUACAGACUACCUGCAUUUCUUACUGGAGAGAACAAUGUGGUCCUCUUACUGGUGAAAUGGAAGAGAUGGUCUUGCUAUUUAAGUACUGUGAAGCUUUACCAGCCCUUGGCAGGCUCCAUGAGAAAGAUUGAUUUAAGGCAAUUAAUGUGGUGAUGAGACAUUGUGCAGGUGUCUUGCAAAUGAUAUUCUUUUUCACAUCAGGCAGAUGCUACUUUGUAAAGGUAUCAUAUAUGGCAAUGAUAAUUUUAAGAUCUCCAUAUUUUGGUGCAAGGUUCAUUAAUUUAUCUUUCAUAAGUAAUCAUUUAAGAUUCAGUCUCAUUGAAAUCAAUUAUUUAUUGGAAUAUACAUUUUGCCAUUGCUUUUGAGUGUGGAGAGAUUGUAACCUUUGUAGAUGAAACAAAGUUUGAUAAAUUAUUUGAGGUGGAGAGUUCAACCUGAUUUGGUUUUAUGUAGGUUUCUUAUUCAAUCCAAGAUUGUACCACCUCUACUGUAGUUGCUGUUUGAAUGUAAGUUAAUUGGGUGAGUGUGUUUGUUUUGCAUAAUGUUGUAAUGUGUAUCGUUGCAUUUAGUGUGUGUGUUCAUUUUUGAUUGGUGUAAGUGGAUUUUGUAUUGGUGCUGACUGGUUCGUCUUUAAACUUUUCACCAGCGUAACCAUUUGUUUUGAAAUCUCAGGCACAAUGCAUGGCUUGCACUUGAUUUUAUAUUUAAGAAUUAUAUGAUUACAUUAAGACAUUGUAAUAAUAUACAUGAUAGUCAUUGCUUCACAUUACGCUUGUAAUGAAUUUUUUUGCCUUCCUUGUAUAUAUGGAUAAUAUAAUAUAAUACUCAUUUAUCCUAAAAUGUAAAUAUAAUUGUAUAAUUUGUAUCACUAUCAAAAGAAAUAGCAAAAAUUAAGCUGCGUGUACAUCUUGUAAAAAUAUUUAU